AUGGAUAUCUCUAAGGAAAAGGCCCCCGAGGCUACUGUCACCUCCCUUCCCGGUUCCAGACAAACCAGCCCUCCUGAGUCUAUCAAGCUCGAGGGUCAACCCGAAAUUACACCACCACCUCACCAUGUCUUCUCUCGAGGCCAAAAGCUUCAGAUGGUAUACAUCGUUUCGCUGGCAGCCAUCUUCUCCCCCUUGUCGUCCAACAUCUACUUCCCUGCCCUUGGAGACAUCUCAAAGUCGCUCAACACCUCCAUGUCCCUGGUAACCUUGACCGUCACGGUAUACAUGAUCGUUCAAGGACUUGCCCCUACCUUCUGGGGUUCCAUGUCUGAUGCCACUGGUCGACGACCAGUCUUUAUCGGAACCUUUGCCGUCUACCUCAUUGCCAACAUCGUCUUGGCUGUGUCUACCAACUACCCAGAGCUCAUGGUCUUUCGAGCUUUGCAGGCAGCUGGCAGUGCUGCCACCAUCUCGAUCGGUGCGGGUGUUAUCGGAGAUAUGACCACCUCUUCUGAGCGAGGAAGUUUGGUUGGAAUCUUUGGAGGAGUCCGCAUGCUGGGACAGGGUGUUGGUCCGGUAUUUGGUGGCAUCCUGUCAGAGUACCUAGGAUUCCGAUCUAUCUUCUGGUUCCUCACCAUUGCCGGAGCUAUCAGUCUGCUGUCCAUCCUGGUCUUCCUUCCCGAAACCCUCAGACCCAUUGCCGGCAACGGAUCCGUCCCCCUUACUGGCUUCCACAAGCCAUUUAUCUACUACAUCUUUCCGCAAAAGCACGCCCAGGAGGGGGCGACACCAGGAGUGGAGAAGACCAAGGUGACUUGGAAGGCUGUUUUCUCUCCUCUGACCUUUUUGUUCGAGAAGGAUGUCUUCAUCACUCUGUUCUUUGGUAGCAUUGUCUAUACCUUCUGGAGUAUGGUUACUUCCAGCACAACCUCCCUGUUCCAGGAGGUGUAUGGUCUGAGCACACUGCAAGUUGGUCUUACCUUCCUUGGCAAUGGGUUUGGAUGUAUGUCUGGAUCAUACUCGGUCGGCUAUUUGAUGGAUUACAACCACCGCAUGACCGAGCGCGAAUACUGCGAGAAACGAGGUUACCCAAGCGGAACCCGGGUGAACCUCAAGUCGCAUGCCGACUUCCCUAUUGAGGUUGCUCGGAUGCGCAACACGUGGUGGGUCAUUGCGUUGUUCGUGAUCACAACAGCGCUCUAUGGCGUCUCGCUCCGCACACACUUGGCGGUUCCUAUCAUCCUGCAGUACUUUAUCGCUUUCUGUGCCACCGGCAUCUUCACCAUCAACAGUGCCUUCGUCAUCGACCUGUACCCUGGCGCUAGCGCCAGCGCUACAGCCGUCAACAACCUCAUCCGAUGCCUUAUUGGAGCCGCCGGAGUGGCGGUUGUGCAACCCAUCAUCGAUGCCCUGACAGCCGAAUACACCUUCAUUAUGCUUGCUGGAAUUACAGUUGGCAUGACGCCAUUGCUCUGGAUUGAGUCAAAGUAUGGGCCUGGCUGGCGACACGCCCGCGAGGAAAGAUUGGCUAGGAAAUAA